UACGCCGUCCGUCGAAGGCGUCGUCGUCGUCGCGCAACCUCGAGACCACGGGUUCUGUUCCGCGUUCUGGAGACUAUCCAGCACCUUUUUUUCUUUUCUUCUCUUGUCCGGAACCGCUUUUUCGAGGUGAUCUGAACGCGAAUUUUAAGGUCGGAAUUCGGUAGUGAUGUGGUGACAAUCUCGUGAAAAGCCGCGACGCGUCGUGAGUUCGUGAAUCGCUGGAAAAAAAAUCACGAAAAGAUCAAUCAAGCUGAAUUCGAAGAGGAUUAGGGGGGGGAUUUGGAUGGCUGGAAGUCGGUGCGGGCCUGUAGGUGGGGUAGUGUUGUGUGUAUUUUGCAAAUUGGAGGAAGAAAAUUGUUGUUUUAGCCGGGUAUGCGGAAUGAACCCGGCAAGCUAGAGCUGGUUGGAGUUCGCGGAGGAAGUCCGGGGGUUUCGUAUGAGUGAGUGAAUAACAGCCGCGAAGCUGGAUUAAUUGCUGUUUGGGAAGUGCAGCAGCUGAAGAAAGAAGCAGCAGAGAGGAAAGGGAAAGCAAUCAAAAGCAGGUGGUGAACGUGCGUACGGCGCGGGCUGUGAAGAACGCACGACCAAGAGGUGUCCGUAGGGGAAGUGGCAGCAAGUGCUGCACCUUGCAAUACAAUCGAAGAAACGCAGCAACCCUUGCCAAGGAAGUGCGUCGUGACACACAGAAAGUACCAGCAGGAAGAAAGAGUAGUAGGCUGAGGAAGAGGGCAGAGGGAGGACAUGGCCGGUACGCCCAACUCGAUAGAAAUCCAGAUCGAUAACUUUCUGGAGCAGUUCAAGCGAAGUGCAUCGAAAGCCAUGGAAGGCGACUGGUCCUCGUCCUCGUCGACGGCCGUCACGACGCCACAGUCGGCCGGGUCCGGCGGCGGUGGUCCCAAGAUACGGAACAUUUUCGCCGAGCACGAAGAAUCUCCCAGUCCGGUCGCCAGCGGCACCUCGUCAUACCACUCGGUCAUCCACGGUGGCCAUCAGCAGCAGCAGCAGCAUCUAUUCCAGCACCAGAACUCGGUAACGUCGCUCAGUUCGGUGCAAACCGUGCUCAGCCAGAACGCGCAAAAUUCCACCAACGUGAACAAACUAAUCGAAAACGUUUGCCAAAAUGGGAACCACCUGAACAUGAACACCUACGGCAGCUGUAGCUCGUUGAUAACGACGACGGUGGGCCACGGAGUUCCGCCGGUGGCACAAUCCGUCGCUGGGGGGUUAGUGCAGCGAAAUGGGGGCGGAGGAGUGCACCUGGGGGCGGUCGCCGAGCAGCAGAUGGCUUCGAGCGUUAGCUCGGCGGAGGAACCGCUCAGCGUGGCCGAUGUGGCCGAUUUACUGCACCCGCAGUAUGCAAUAAUAACAGGUGGCCGCUCCAAAGACGGUUGUCCGCUGAUCACCUUCCCCGACUACAACAACUUUCACAACCUGUCAGAUCUAGACUACCAAAAAUUGAUUCUGUACCUGACGUCGGUGCCAUCGCUGUCCGAGGCCGAUCUUGGCUUCAACCUGAUCAUCGAUCGGCGGAAAGACCGCUGGGCGGCCGUGAAAGCCGUCCUGCUGAAGAUCUCAAUCUACUUCCCGGGGAUGGUGCACUUUGUGUACGUGCUGCGGCCGUCGGGUUUCCUGCAAAAGGCCAUCUCCGAGGUGAGCAACAAGUUCUUCAAGGACGAGUUCCGCUUCCGGGUGGUUGUGUGUGCCACGCUGGACGAUCUGUACGAGUACAUCUCGAAGACGCAGCUCACGCUGGACCUGGGCGGGGAGUUGGCGUACUCGCAUCAUGACUGGAUCCAGCAGCGGAUAUCGCUGGAGAAAUUCUCCGGACUGACCAAUAUGAUCUCGUGCAAUUUGGACGUUUUUAUGAAGUCGAUACAUGAGAUGGAGUUUCCGAACUCUGUCGACGCGACGGAGAAGUUGAUUGAGGAGCAGGGCGAGCAGUAUGAAAAGUUGAAGGAGGACAUCAUGGCCGCUGGUCGGCAUGGAGAAGUGUUACUGGAGGAAAUGCGUACCAAAAAAGAAUGUGACAAAGAAACGGUUGAGCGUUUCGGUAAUAUUAGUUCUAUUGAAAGACUUUUGGUGCAGCUGGAGGAGACGGAGCGGCACUUUGAGGAGUUCUGGACGGUGCAUCUGUCGCGGCUGAAAAAGUGCCUGGAGCUGCGCCGGUUCGAGCAGGACUUCCGGGAGCUGCAGGCCAACUUUGAUCGGCACCUUAGCGCCGUGUCUGACAUGACCGAAAUCGGCGAAACGGUUGAGCGGAUGGACCAGCUGAUUCGGAUGACCAAAGAGUUCCAGCAGAGUGCGGCCGUGGACGUGGAACGGGCGGACCAGGUCAUAGCGGUGGGCCAGCGGUUGAUCGGUUCCAAGGGCUGUAUCAGCUCGUGUCCGCGGGAGGUCGUCCAGCCCAAGUGCGACGAGUUGACGCGGGUCUGUGAGCUGAUCAACGAGCGCGUUUCGAAACGGAUCGACACGUUGAUCAAGGCUCGAGAGCUGAUGGAGCGGGUCGAGAAGGCAAAUCAGUGGUGCGCUCGGGGCAUUGAACUGCUCGCAACCCAGCGGAUCGAGAAGUGCUCCGUGUCGGCGGAUAUCGCCGCUAAGAGUUUGCUGGAGAUCCAGGAGUUUGUGGCGUCGGCGGCGGACUUCAAGUUCAAGAAUGUGAUCCAGGAGAGUACGACGCUGGAGACGAAGGCGCUGGUGUCGCAGGUCAUCCAGCGAAUCGACGACGUGCAGCUGAUGUGCGACAAGCGGUCGACGACGCUUAAGAAGCUCGCGCUCAAGCCACCCCGACCGGUGCAAACGGUCACGCCGGAACCGGCCGUCCCGCUGCAACCCCCGGGCGGAGCCCCGCACCCCAUCUUCCGCACCCGGAGGUCGUACAAUAAGAUCGACGGCUUCACAUCACGGCCCCGGUCGAUUGAAGGCCCGCCGGACUCGGGAAUCUCCAUCAGCAGCGACACCAUCAUUGCCAGCUCGGACAGCGAUCUCAAUCUGCAGAGUCAAACGGAUUCGGACGAACGGAAGCUGAAACGAGGACACGUGCUGGCCGAGCUGCUCGAGACCGAGCGCAUCUACGUCGCGGAAAUGGGAUCGAUUCUGAAGGUGAGUGUUUCCCCGCCGCCAAAGCGAUGA